UGCAAGAGCAAACGGAAAAUACGAGCGUGAUCCCAAAAUAGCUGACGUUGGGAAUCCGCCCGAAUGAAUGGUUUCUGUUGCAAUACUGCAUCGUUAUUGCAACAUUUUUCCAGCGAUUAGCGCGUUAUCAAAUCUAGUAAUCACAUUCCGGUUAUUCGCGGUCAUGAACAUCUUUAUCACUGGAUGCAACCGGGAGGUGGUUAUUGUCCGGGAUGCUUUUUUUUGUGUUACCUGAAAUUCAUCAUGAAUGAAUUUGUUAUCAGUCUCGAAAGAUCCUCUGAUUUGUCAAUUCAGCGGUUUAAUUUCAUAUAAAAUAUGAUCGUUGGGUUCCAAUCGUCACACUUGAGUUCUUCAUUUCAUCAGUGAACAACUAUCAAGAGAAACGGUUUAGGAUUCGAGCGAGAAUGAUUGGGAAAAUUCUACUCCUCGCUUUUGGUAAGUACAACCCUUUCGAAGUUAUAGACAACAAUGUUUUAACAAAUUCUUGCCUCCUGUUUUUCUCCAUAGUGGGGAUCAGUGCUGCCUACCAGUACGACUACAAAAAUGAGUUUUACUACAGCCGACCGGAGAACAAAACUGGCUACGAGUAUGGCGCCUGGGAAGCGAACCGUGAAUACGUCUACAAUGUGACUUCCAUGACGCUGACGGCUCUGCACGAUCUCGAUGACCAGUGGACCGGAGUUUACUCCCGUGCCCGCUUGGUACUGCGACCCAAGGAACCGAACUACGUGGUUGGCCAUAUCGAGAACGCAGAGUACGCCGUUUUGAACGAGCGUUUGCCUCAGGGAUACCGAACUGAUUUGCAGGAGCGUGAUCUGAAAUACCGACCAUGGCCGAUGAGCUCCAAACCAUUCGGAAUUCGCUACCACAAGGGUUAUAUCAAGGGUCUGUACGUCGAACAAACCGUUCCCAAUAACGAAGUCAAUGUUCUGAAGGCUUGGAUCAGCCAGCUCCAGCUGGAUACCAAUGGAUCCAACAAGAUCAACUCCAAAUACAACCAACUGCCGGAGAACAACUCCUUCACCGGAGCCUACAAGGUCAUGGAACCAUCGGUCACUGGCAAUUGCGAAACUUUGUACGAUGUCAACGCUGUUCCGGAGUACAUUGCUCAAUCCAACCCAGAAUGGGUCCCACAACCGCAACUACGCGAAGAUGGUCAGUAUAUCUUCGAAGUUGUGAAGACUUUGAACUACGAUAACUGCGAUCAACGCAUGGGAUACCACUUCGGUUUCAGUGGCGAUAGCGACUUCAAGCCAAACACCAACCAAAUGGGAAAUGUCGCCUCGAAAUCUGCCGUGUCUCGCAUGUUCCUCACCGGUGACUGGUACAACUACACCAUCCAAUCGGCAAGCACCACGAACAAAGUUGUGAUUGCUCCGUCCCUGGUUAAUCAAGAGAAGGCUAUGGUCAUCUCACAGGUCAACGCAUCGCUCAACGAAGUUCAGGCUUACCGCAAGAUUCCACAAGGCCCAGCCGAUGACCGUCAGGUGUAUGUUGAUCUGGUCUACAGCUACAACAUGCCCAGCGAUAAGAAGAACAAUGUUCGUCCAGCCAACGAAACGGAUUCCUCGUCGUCAUCGUCUUCAUCAUCGUCCUCGUCGUCGUCUUCCUCCUCCUCAUCGUCAGACUCGUCGUCGUCGUCAUCCUCCGAGUCUUCGUCGGGCUCUUCCGAUUCCUCCAGCUCCUCGGAUUCCAGCAGCUCAAGCUCGGAGUCGAAGGAAAACCCUAAAAUCAGCCCAGCCGAACAAGCCAAGAACAACAACAAAGAACAACAGAAGAAUACCGUAAGCCGUCAACGCCGUGACCUCAAUGCCGAGAAGGAAAAGAAAUACUACCAAGCCUACAAGAUGGACCAGUACCGUUUGAGCCGUAACAACGAUACCUCAUCCGAUUCGAGCAGCUCGGACGAUUCCUCGUCUUCUUCGUCCAGCUCAUCGGAAUCUACGGAGACUAAGAAUGGCCAGAACAACAAUUCAUCUUCUUCGUCGUCAUCGUCUUCCUCUUCUUCGUCGUCAUCGUCUUCGUCUUCAUCGUCUUCUUCUUCGUCAUCAUCUUCUUCAUCGUCGUCGUCGUCGUCGUCCUCGUCAUCAUCGGAGUCCGAUUCGCUGAGCAGCGAGGAAGCGUACCACCAACCAGCUCCCCAGAACUAUAAGGACGCUCCGGAGGCUCCCCUGCUGCCGUACUACACUGGUUACAAGGGACACAACGUUCAGCUUGCCCGCAAUGUCGAUGGUGCUCGUACUGUUGACAAGCUUGUCCAGGAAAUUGCCGAUGACCUGCAGAAUCCAUCCAACAUGCCGAAGGCCAACACCUUGAGCAAAUUCAACAUCUUGGGUCGCGUCAUUCGCACCAUGGAAUAUCAGGAAAUCUACGAUGCCGCCCAGAAAUACUUCGUCUCCCAGAAGGAACGGGAGGAAGGUAACAACCACAGUGAGAAGUUUAGCAAACGCGUCGAUGCAUGGAACACUUUCCGCGAUGCUUUGGCUGAUGCGGGAACUCCACCGGCUUUCAAGGUCAUCAAGGAAUACGUCGAAGAGAAGAAACUACGAGGCCAUGAGGCCGCUAGCGUCAUCGCCACCCUGCAGCACUCCAUCCGCUACCCAACGGAAUCACUGAUGCACGAAUUCUUCCUGAUGGUCACAUCCAAUGCUGUACGUAGCCAAGAUGGUCUGAACACUACGGCUUUGAUGUCCUACACCAACUUUGUGAACAAUGCUCAAGUCAAUAACCGUUCAGCGUACAACUACUACCCAGUUCAGAGCUUUGGUCGUUUGGCUGAUUCGGACUACAAGAUCGUUGCCCAUAAAAUCGUCCCAUGGUUAGCUCAUCAACUGCGAGAAGCCGUCAACGAAGCCGACAGCAUCGAUAUCCAGGUUUACGUGCGUGCUCUUGGAAAUCUCGGUCAUCCGGAAAUCCUGAACGUCUUCGAACCAUACAUGGAAGGAAAGAUUCGCGUCAGUGACUACCAGCGUCUGGCUAUGGUUGCUGCCAUGGAUCGAUUGGCUGAAAAUUACCCCAAACUGUCCCGGUCUGUGUUGUACAAGGUUUACCAGAAUGCCGCCGAUCGUCAUGAGAUUCGUGCCGCUGCCGUGUUCAUGCUGAUGCGUACCAAUCCACCAGCAGAGAUGCUUCAGCGUAUGGCUGAGUACACCCACCAGGACCCCAGCGAAUAUGUUCGUGCCGCCGUUAAGAGCUCGCUGGAACAUGCCGCUCAAGCUGAUGAAUAUGAUGAUAAUGAUGAUGAUGAUGAUCUUGCUGAGAAUGCUAAGGCUGCCGUUAAAUUGCUGAAUCCAGAUGACUACAGUCUGCAAUAUUCUUCAUCUUACAUUCGUGACUAUGCAUUCGAAAACUUGGAAAUGUCUUAUCGUAUGCAGGUGGCACAGAUUGCUUCGGAUGAUCAUUACUUACCAAGUGGACUGUUCUAUCAGCUGCGACAGAACUAUGGAGGUCAGAAGCGUUACAGCACUUUCUACUAUCUGGUUUCGAGCAUGGAAAGCUUCUUGGAUCUGGUGGACAAGCAGUACGACACAUCAAGUAUUCAGGAUGACUACAAGUCGGCCGAUUACUACUACAAGUACUACAAGCAGUACCCGAACAAGAAGAGCGAAUACUAUGAAAAGUACAGCAAAUCUCAUGGACCACAGGACGAUUACUACCAGAAGUACAACAAGAACGAGUUCAGCGAGAAGGACCCGCAGAAAUGGUCGACCACUCGCAUUGCCAAGCUUUUGGACAUUGACGCCGAGGAUGCCGAAGAGCUGGAGGGACAGAUCAUGAUGAGAAUGUUCGAUUCGGAUUACUUCUACGCCUUCGAUAAUCAAACCAUCGAAAAUAUCCCACGCCGGCUGAAACAGUGGGCCCGAGAUUUGGAAGAUGGCGCGACGUUGAACAUCACCAAGUUCUACCAGCAGCAAGCCGUUACCCUAGCAUUCCCGUUGGCAUCCGGUUUCCCGUUCGUGUACACCCUGAAGACGCCAACCGUUGUCAAGAUUGAAACGGAAGCCACCGUCAAGACACAUCCGGCCAUCAACAAGAAGGCUGCCGGACACCCAGAGAAUGAAAAUGAUGAAUACGUCCAUUGGCCACGUGCUGUUAACGGAUCAGUCGAUGCUAACCUGCUUUAUCAUCGUUUGGUUGAUGCCAAGGUUGGAUUCGUUACUCCAUUCGAUCAUCAACGAUACAUCGCUGGUUACCAGAAGAAGAUUCAGGCCUAUUUACCAUUCAGCGUUGAUUUUGACCUAGACUUCGAUAAUGACGAAUACGAAAUGGAACUGGAGUUCCUCGAACCUAAGGAAGAUCACUUGCUGUUCCAUUUGAGCUCUUGGCCAUACACUGGAUACAAGGAUAUCACCGAUAUUCGUCCGAUUGCUGAAAGUCCGAAUGCCCACAUUGUACAUGACGAAGAGCAAACGACCAAAACCUACGAGAAAACAGUUGGAGAUCAGAUGACUGGUGUUGCUAUCCGUGUCUACGCUAAGUAUGACAGUGAUUUCCUCAACUAUGGACGUGUCCAAGAAUUGUUACAAGAUUACGAUUGGGCGGCGGCUGUGCUGUACCCAAUGGCGGCACAAACCUACCACUACCAUCAGAUCAAUGUUUAUCACGACGCUCAGCGUAGCAAUGCCAAGUCCAUGAAGCUCGCCUAUCACUACAAGGAAGGUGAUUUCAGUAAAGACUACCAGGAGUCCGAUGUAAAACACCCGAAGGGACGUCAUGCAUACGCUGGAUACUACAACGAAAACAACUACGCUCAACCCUUCGACUUCAACCCGGGAAGCCACCGUCGCCAGGAACAGUUCAUCAAGAAUGCCGCUGCCGGAAUUAGAAAUAGCGAUGUUGCAGUUCACGAUAUUGGAGUCACGUUCGAAGGCCAUCAAAAGAAGAGUGAGUACGUGGUUACGGCUGCUUACGCCGAUAGCCCAGUCGACGAGAAGUCCCGCCUCUUGUUGUUCAUCUCGGGCAGUCCCUACAGCCAAUCGAACAAGGCCAAACAGUUCCAGAUGUGCCUCUCGGCCCAGAAUGAGUUCCCGAAUGUACCAAAACUGAACUUCAUCAAUGCUUUGAACUACGAUGCCAGCUCUUCGAUGCGCUAUGAAUUGGCUUACGGCGAGCGUUGCCAGGGUGGAGCUCAGAUCUCCAUGAAGGGUAAGAUGUCCCAAUCGGAUGAGUACCGCCAUUACCUACGCAUCUCCGACGUCGGUCAGCGUUGCAAGCAGCAAAUGGACAACGGAUAUUACCAACUGCAAGAAUGUGAGAACGCUACCCGCCAGGCUAACUAUCUGGAUCAGUAUCAAUUCAACAUUGAGGUCAAGAAUGUCGACUCCUACGCCAAGAAUUGGACUUACCACUUGGCUGACUAUAUCCAACACAAGACCUAUCCUUACUUUACCCCGAACCACUACCACAAGGGCAAGAGCAAUCAGUAUCAGGUCAACUUCGAGAUGACUCCCUACGGCGACUACUACAACGCUUCGUUCUACGCUCCAGACUAUGCCUUCGAAAUCGAGAACCAUCCGAUCGAAAACGAAUAUGCUCGUUACGCCGCAGCUAUGCAUCCCGAAAUGGACAUCACUGAACGACUUGCCUCUCAUGCGUACCGCGGAGAUAACCAACCUUCCUGCGCUGUAUCCGCCAAAUACAUCGAUACCUUCGACGGAAACACCUACGACUACGAAAUGGGAGAGUGCUGGCAUGCCGUGUUGCAUACUGUGAAGCCUGACUACGACUACUACGCUCAGCAGUCCCACUUCCAGAAUGCCGACAGCGAGUACCGUUUCAAGAAUGGAUUCGACGAGGAUGAACAGGUUACCAUCUUGGCCCGCUCCGGACCCAACAAGGAAGUGUACUUCAAGGUUGUGCUCGGUCAGUACAAGCAGAAUGACUACAACAUCGACAUCAUCCCGAACGGUGCCGAACUACCAGCUGUCUACAUCAACGGAAAGCCCCAGCAGAUCCACGAGAAAUACGCCGUCGAGUUGUACACCAACGAUCAGAACGAUCAACCGUUGAUCCGUGCUCACGCUCGUCCCGGCAAGGAGUUGGAGAUCAGCAUCCGCGAUGACGAUAUUAAGAUUACCUACGAUGGUUACCGUGCCCGGAUCUACGCCGACCAAUCGUACUACAACGAUUUCGUUGGUCUGUGCGGAACCAACAAUGGCGAAAACUACGAUGACUUCGUUUCACCCAACCAGUGCUACAUGAAGAAGCCGGAACACUUUGCCGCUUCGUACGCCAUCACCGGCCAGAACUGCUCCGGACCUGCCCAAGCUUACAACAUUGCCUACCAGCAGGAAUCUCAGGACCAAUGCUACAAGCAGGAAUACUACUACGGAAACAUCAUCAGCGAGCAGGAAGCCGGACGUAAGCGUUAUCGCAACUACAACCACUACGUCAACGACGACAGCUCGUCAUCUUCCUCAUCUAGCUCCUCCUCGUCCUCGUCCUCAUCUUCCUCUUCGUCGUCCUCGUCGUCAUCUUCCUCGUCAUCGUCUGAAUCCAACUCGGAUUCCAACUCCAGCUCAAGUUCCUCGGAAGAGAAGGAAUACCACCCGCAAAAGCAAAGCCAUACAGUGAAGCAGUGCGAGAUGCAACACCAGCACCAGAUCAUCGAACAGGGUGACCAAACCUGUUUCACAAUGCGCCCGCUGCCGGCUUGCCGAUCUCAGUGCAAGGCUUCCGAGAAGACCCCGAAAUACUACGACGUUCACUGUCGCAACAGCAACGAUCCGGCCACCAAACUGUACAAGAACCAAAUCUCCAAGGGCUACAAUCCGGAUCUGAGCUCCCGUUCCGUUAGCAAGACGGUCAAGUUCAACAUCCCGAAGGACUGCUACCACACCCAGUGAUUAUCGACCGUAAACAUAUACACACACAGAAAAAAAACCGAUCCCGACCGAAAGCAAUGAAAAAGGACAAACUUUAGAUUAUAAGUCAUGUGAAUAAAGCAAA